AUCCCGGCUCGUGUACCACGUUUUUAAGAAUAGUUCUGUGUAAAGUAAUUAAUUACUUUUUACGAUGCCUAAAUCGAGACGAGACAAGAAAGUGUCCCUCACCAAGACCGAUCGAAAGGGUCUGUCCAACAAGCAACAGAUUAUCGAGGAUAUUCAGCAAUGCCGGGAAAAAUACGACAAUAUAUUCCUGUUUUCUGUACAAAAUAUGCGCAACAGCAAGUUGAAGGAUGUGCGAACAGAGUGGAAAAAUUCGAGGUUCUUUUUCGGUAAGAAUCGUGUGAUGCAAUUGGGCCUGAAGCUGGUAAGCGAUGACGAAAACGAAGAAUCCACAAAGCUGGAACACGGUAUGGAGCGGCUGAGAGAACAAAUGAUGGGACAGUGCGGGUUACUGUUUACGUCGGAGAGCAAGAAAACUGUGCUGGAGUGGUUCGAAACGUACCAGGCCGAAGAGUUCGCCCGCAGUGGGUUUCGCGCAACUCAAACGAUCAAGCUUAUGCCGGGCCCGUUGGAGGACUUUUCGCAUGCAAUAGAGCCACAUCUGCGCUCUUUGGGUAUGCCUACCAAGCUAGACCGCGGUAUCGUAACGCUUUAUAAAGACUUUACAGUGUGUGAGAAGAAUAAGUUGCUCACACCGGAACAAGCAAGAAUUUUGAAGCUGCUCGGCAAACCGAUGGCCAAGUUUAAGGUGAUUAUCAACUGCUGUUACACGAAAAAGGACGGAUUUGAGUUGAUCAACCAGAGAGCUAUUGAGGUGACGAAAAAGACAAAAAAAAUAAAAAAAUCGGUAAAUAUUGCGGGCCUCAAGAAUACGAAACAAUCGCUAGAUGCUAUGAGCGAGGACGAGGACGAAGUUGAUGAUGCGAUGGAUGAAGAUGAUGAUGAUGAUGACGAUGAAGAGUCAGACGAUGAAUCGUAGAUGGGUCCAAGCCGUAC